AGCCAGCCCUGAGCCUGGGAGCGCAGCGGCCACUGAGGAGGCGGCGGCAGGCGGGAGAGGCGGCGGCGGCACAGGCUCGGGGCCAACCCAGAGCGCAUCCCCGGCACCCUGCGCUGCGGAGAGCUCGGAGGAGCGCGGGAGCCGCGACACGGGAGUGGACAAAGCAAGAUGGCAGGGAUCUUAGCCUGGUUCUGGAACGAGCGGUUUUGGCUUCCGCACAAUGUCACCUGGGCAGACCUGAAGAACACGGAGGAAGCCACCUUCCCGCAGGCGGAGGACCUUUACCUCGCCUUCCCCCUGGCCUUCUGCAUCUUCAUGGUGCGGCUCAUCUUCGAGAGAUUCAUAGCCAAACCAUGUGCCAUAGCCCUCAACAUCCAGGCCAAUGGACCACAAAUUGCCCAGCCAAACGCCAUUCUGGAAAAGGUCUUCAAUGCUAUAACAAAGCAUCCUGAUGAGAAGCGAUUGGAAGGGCUCUCCAAGCAGCUGGACUGGGAUGUGCGGAGCAUUCAACGCUGGUUUCGACAAAGACGCAACCAGGAAAAACCAAGCACCCUGACCAGGUUCUGCGAGAGCAUGUGGAGAUUUUCCUUUUCCCUGUAUGUAUUUAGCUACGGAGUCCGGUUCUUGAAACAGACCCCUUGGCUGUGGAAUACAAGACACUGCUGGUAUAACUACCCCUACCAGCCCCUCACUGCUGACCUUCACUACUAUUACAUCCUGGAGCUGUCGUUUUAUUGGUCCUUAAUGGUUUCCCAGUUCACAGACAUCAAAAGGAAGGACUUCGGCAUUAUGUUCCUGCACCACCUUGCAACUAUUUUCUUGAUAACCUUUUCAUACGUCAACAACAUGGCUCGAGUCGGGACCCUGGUUCUCUGUCUUCACGACUCAGCCGAUGCUCUGCUAGAGGCUGCCAAAAUGGCAAAUUAUGCCAAAUUUCAGAAAAUGUGUGAUCUUCUGUUUGUCAUGUUUGCCAUGGUUUUUAUCACCACACGGCUGGGCAUAUUUCCUCUCUGGGUGUUAAACACCACAUUGUUCGAAAGUUGGGAGAUCGUCGGACCCUUCCCUUCCUGGUGGGUUUUUAACCUGCUGCUGUUGCUACUACAAGGGCUGAACUGCUUCUGGUCUUACUUGAUUGUAAAAAUAGCCUGCAAAGCUGUUUCAAAAGGCAAGGCUGGGAAGUGGAACCCUUUACAUGUAUCCAAGGAUGACCGGAGUGAUAUUGAAUCUAGCUCGGAUGAUGAGGACUCAGAACCUCCAGGGAAGAAACCACACACUUCGACAACCACCAACGGAACCAGUGGUACCAACGGGUAUCUCCUGACUGGUCCAUGCUCCAUGGAUGAUUGACUACCCAAAACUAUAAGUCCUCAACAACGUGAACUGUUUGUUCCUGGAAGUAUUUAAUAAGUUGCAAAUGCAGUUCCUUUCCUGAUAUCUCAUCACCAGAGACAAAAAAAAAAAUUAGGAUUCUCAAAGCAUUCUGAAUAGUGUACUGCCAUGUGUCCUGUCUGUGAAUGAAGAAGAAAUCCCAUUCUCUGUAGGCAUGCUAUAUGUAACUGACACAAGGGAACAAUAUUUGCAUUUGUCUUAGAAUAUUAUUUAUUUUUUUAUUUGUUUGUAAAUCUGUGGACAGUCGAGGAUCCCCUCGCUCCUUUUCCUCUGGGCUCAUGACUGACCGUGAAGGAGAUGCUCCAUCUGUUCUACCCGCUUCUCAUGUUGUAGUCCAGUGUGCCGUGAGCAUCAGCAUCAGCUUACUUCAUCACUUAGAGCAAGUAAAACCCCGUGCAAGAUCCCCCACACAGCUCCCAAUAGGUUGGCUUUCUUUCUGUUCUGCACCCAUUUUGUGAUCGCCCAUAUAUAGUUGGUGGCUGUUGUCCCAUGGGAGUCUAAACAGGAUGUACCCAGUGUUUUAGUUUUUACUCUUUGUGGUCAAUUAGCAGUUCAAAUGAAAGAGGCUAGCUCUUAGGGGACUUGGAAACUUUAUAUGAAAUUGCUUUGAAAUAGUUUGUCUCUUGCGUACAAAUAUGAGAUUUCUUUGGUGUGGUCAGGAGUUGACCUUGUUGGUAACAAAGUUAUUUUGCCCUCCAAUGAGGCCAGUGUUCUGAUUCUGAAACAAUGUCACUUGCUUAAGCUCACAGACACAAAGGGACCCACAUGCUAGGGACUUGCUCUGUGUUCUGGGAAUCACAUAAAGAUAGCAACUGACUUCAACCAGGUCUUUUUUUCCAGAAUUCCUACUGUAUUAGCCUAGUCUUCUGCCUUGCCGUGUAAAAAAAAAGAAGCCAAGAAUGUUUCGAGGCAGAAAAAAAGAAUGAGUCUUUUAAGAGCUGGCAAAGCUACCUUCCGCGCAAAGCACUAUACUAGCGCAAGCUCUCAAGAGAAAGCCCUCCCUAAUGUUAGACUUGUGGGAGAAAGACCAUUUACCCUUCGCCUUUCUCCUUAACUGCAUCCCACAAUGACUUUCUUGUUGCUAAAAGUAUCAGGCUUGCACUGCAAGGCUGGUUUAUUUACCUCUCUGAAGACUCGUGGGGGCUCCUAAGAAUUUUUAUUCAAGUGGAGCUAUUUCCAGAAAAACAGCAAAAAUUCUCGUGGACAAUGGCAGUGACAGCCAUAAGGAAAGUUACCAAAGAGUAGUUCAUGAGCGUCCCACACCCCCCCCCACCCACCCAGGCCACUGUCAUUGGCAUGUGGCUUCGAAAACCACACGUAUGAGCCAAGGAUUUUAUCUCAUCUCGUCUUUAGUAAAAAGGGAAUUGAACAGUUAUGCAAAUACUCCUAAGUCAAGCAUCACCUAAAACAGGAAUCAAAAAAAUAAGGGCACUGAGUAGCCAAAAGUAAAGUGCCGCAGGGCAUGUCAUUGUCCUGGCCACGGCCAUCCAUAAUUCAUUUAGUUUUUCUUUAAUUAAAUCUUUAUACCCUUACUCUGAAACCUGUGAGUGACUAGGUAAGAGAAAAUUCCCGAAGAACUCUCACUGCAAUGUUAGCUCUUUCCCCACCCAAUUACAAAACAGUAUUUUCUGGUAUGGUCCAGAUUAUCAUUUUAAACGCUUGGAAGCAUGUCUCCUUGUUGCUGUAGAAGACAGCGCAACCUACUGUGACUUGAGCUUGGCUGAUUUAUUUGUCUAACAGUGAAACUUGGAAGUGUUUGAGUUUAUGAGACCAGUGAUAAGACACCAAAGGUAUUGUUAGUAUUCAGAGCAUUUGCUCAAAUGCAAAUAGGUGAAAACAAUAGCAGUGUUGAAGGGCGAACCUUUCUCAUCAUCUUAGCUAGGGAGCAUGCCCAUCUUGCUUCAGUAUCUGGGCACAUCCUCCCAGGGGUGAGAUGAACUUGAGGACCACAGUGUAUUUGAAUUUGAACCAGGUGACCCUUUUUUGCCCAGAAGAAUUUUAAGAUCAGUUUGUAAAUUCAGAAGAGGUAUGUAAAAUGGAGUAAGUUGAUUCUGCCCAUGUCAAGGGCAGUUCUAAACCCACUAGGAUAGGCACGUGUUUUCUGAUGCUUGACUUGUUCUUCUGUGUGUCUACAAAUUUUUGUUUCAUUUUACAUUCUAGAGAAAAUAAUUCUGUUCGGUAGAUUGAAAUGGAUUUUGUAGGCUUUUCCUGGAAUAGAAUAUUAUCAUCUCUGCUUCCUGUUCUCCCAUAGUGACCAGAUAAGACUGAGAGCAGGCACUGUGUGAGGAAUCUUGUCCACCUGUGCCAGGCCACAGCUUUCAGAAGUGUGAUUUGUAAAUCCAGCUAUAGUUUAGUCCCGAGUAGUGUCCUUCUUAAUUAGCUUAGCCUGUGGUGAUGUUCCCUUCCUCCUGGUCGCAUUCAGAUUUUCCCAGGGUACCAAGGUGUGUGUAGGAAGGACUCUAGGAAACGUGACUUUUGAUCUCCAGUGUUAUAGCUUACCUAGAUUUAGUGGGGGGAACGUGGGAAAUCAAGUAGAAUUUGGCCUUGAGUCAAUAAAUGAUGUGUGUGGUUUAUGUGUGUACAUGUAUAUUUCUCCAAAAACCAGUAAAACCAAAUUAUUACUGAUUCAUCUUCACCCAUAUUCUUUCCAUUUAAAAAAUACAUUCAUAUGUACUCUAGAAGCUUCCCUUCUCUUUUGGUUUGCUUCCCACCUGCUGAGAGUAGCCAUACCCUUUCAGCCUCUUAUCCACCAAGCUCCCUGAGACAGAACCCAGGUCCUAAAGCACCUGCUCUCACACAGACGCCAAGCCCAGUUCUCUGUCUCCAACCCAGUCCCGUGGAUGUUGAGAAGAGAGGAGCAGCCACACGUGUCAGUAUUGUGGGUCGGUCGAGUGUUUGCUGUAAAAACACAGAUCAUUGCCGUUUAACCCCAGGGCUGUAAAGCUGCUGGACUGUCAGGCAGAUGGUGUCCCACAUCCCCCUCCGAUUAUGCCCCUGGCAUCUAACAGAGAUGAACAAGGUAGACGAGGCAGGGAGCAAGCAAAGCUAGGUUAGAUCUUCAGUCCGUAUGAAGGGUGAGUCUCACAAUAUCAACUUUUCAUCUGAGCACCGUCAUGCACUCAGCCACAGCGCUGUGCUCACGGAUGGGCAGCAUGUGCUACCGUGGUCCCAAAAGAGGAUGCCAGCCUAGGCACUGAGAGGCCAUACUGUCUGCUUGUGUGUAAGUACACCCAGCGAUGUUCAUAGAAUGACAGAAUCAGUUAAGGACACAUUUCUCAGAAGACGUUAAGGGACAUGUGACCAUACUUGGUAGAGUGUGAGCUUGAGCAAACUGAAUGCCUUCCUGCACCUUAGAGAGAAGGGCUCUGAGUUGUCCAUCUUGCGUUUAAAUCUCAUUGUUAUUUGGGCUAAGUAAGAAUGAGACUUUGCUGUAGUCUGCCUGUUAAAAAUGACUUCAUUGAAGUUUACCUACGUCUUUGCUGACAAGUUCUCUGAGAGAAUGGAUGGCACCCUUGAUGGUCCCCAACCCAUUCAUCUUGUAUUAGUAAUCAUUUGGGUGGAAAUUAAUGCCAAAGUUGCCUGGAUAGUUGAGUACUUUUCUUAAUUUGAAGUGUAAAAAGCAUACAGAAUUACUCCAAAGGUGUCUAUAGGUCCAUUGAUCAGUAUCCAGACAGGCUUCAACACCUUUGGGAAUAAAAGGCUAAGUGUUAACAUUUUAUGCAGCAUCUAUGGCCUUCAGGCUCUCCCUCGCUUGCUUUCUUGUCUCUGACUUGUUCCUGCUUAGUAAAUAAGGAACCAUGGCCCUGAAAUGUUUCUAACAUCCAAAUAAUGAUGGCGUGGCUCUUUCGGGUUCUUGUGCGGAAAGAAAAGAGGAGAGCUCUAAUAUCCCACUUGGCCUCAGCUGUGUUGUCCCUGCCAGGAAUGACCACAGACUUCUUAGAAAGUGAAACGAGACUUUUUCCUCACUUGUCUUCUUCCCAAUAUCAGCUUCCCUUGCUGAGUUGAAAUUGUGCCAUUUUCCAAAUGCCAUAGGCUAAUUAGCAAUAUUCUACCAAUCACAUUUUAGCUCUACAAACUCAGGGGCCAAAGGAGAGCCUCGUGGUUUGCCUAUGCGAACAUAACACCAACCCGCCCCAAGGGGGCGCCAAGCAGAUGUGAGGGAGCCCUGACCACAGCUAUUGAAACCCCUGUAACCAGCACUCAUAGGUAGCCAGUUUUCAUCAAGAAAAUUGUAAUGAAGAACAUAAAUCAUCAUAAAGUAAUGAAAUCUGUAGGCACCCCAAGGAGGACCUUGGCCUCUUGCGUGGUCUUGUGACUUGAAUUUAACCAGAGCCUUUGAAGUGAAUGCAUUGGCGAAUGGGUGCAUUGAGGCCUCACCAACUCUAAGAAGUGAAAAAGGCCUCUGCCACUGGGUGGCACUUGGCAUCUGUAGGGGACUGGGUAUUUCCAGGAUUGCCGGGAAGUGAUGAGAGGGCUCCAUUGGCCUAGAGCCGAUCUCACUUGUCUCAUUCACUUAGUCAUCCUUUAGCCUUUGCAGCUCUGGUGAGAGAAAGCCAAAUGCGAACAUGUUUCUGCUUUCAGUUUACCUGUGACCAUUAGAUCAGUUCUUCCCACACCUGCUCCUGUGUCCGGGCCCAUUUUCCUGGGAGGAUAAAAUAUUAAAAGGUGUGCCCAUGUGCCCAUGUUUCCUUAGCACAGGUCCACGAUUGCUUGGCUUCCUGUACCAUGAGCUGCCUGGGAACCGAGGUACGGCAACAGUCAUUUUCGUUUCUGUGUUCAGUGAAGAAGUUGAUUUCGUUCAUAUUUCCUACCCUUUUUACCUACAGUGAAUGUCAUCAACUAUCUGUAAAACUCCUUAAUGUGAAGAAUAUUUUUUUCAUGUUAGCUACAAAGCUCUGGAAUAGUUCUGUUAUGAUUCUGGAACUUCUGCUCAACGGUUAAUUAACAUAAAUGUGGAAAACACGCCAGUUUGAUUUCCCCUAAGCUCCCGGUCUUCAUCGUUCCUUUGCUCGAGUCAUGUUCAUUUCCCUUCAUGGCCGUUUGCUAUCAUAGAAAAGGAUGGUGGUUAAUUUGGGAAUGUGUUUCUCUUUUCCGGCUUUCAGUGAGGACCAGGGUAGGUGCCGGAAGCUCUUUGUUUUUCUAAAGACAGUUCGGUACUUGAGCUUCUGUCAGAAGUGGAAUGGUGUACCAUUAGCCAGUUAGAAUUAUUCCGUGUACUAUUACCGUGUUUUGCUGAUUUUUAUAUGGAAAUAUAAUUAUUCGUUCUUGAUCUUUGGAAGUAAUCAUUAUUAUGAGGAUCAUUUUACUUCGGAAACACUUUCAUAAUAAAGAUAAGUAUUAAGAGUCCAGCAAAAGUGUCCUUUACUGUAAGCAUGGCCAGCUGAACUGGGAACACAUCGAGCAUUCCUGGGUUGGGUUAUGUCGGGGCGCAGCCAUUCAGCCGUUUCUUACAAUUAUCCAAACCAUUG